AUGCAUAAUCGAAGACUUCCACAUUUCCUAUUGCAAGCACUACUAUUUCUUCUCCUCCCAACCCUAACAGGAGCUGCUCCAUUCAUCGGCUCAGGAAUUUUAGAUACGAUCGAAGGUCUACUAGGUACGACUAACUCCAGCCUGGCUGCUGGACUGACGGCUUUGUUGGGCGAUCAUGGAUCAGUUAUAUUUCAGAAUGGCUUGAUGGAUGAGAAGACAAACCGAACGACGAGGCAUUGUCCUAGGAUGGCUGUUAUUUUUGCGAAGGGGGCUAGUGAGCCUGGCAAUGUUGGUAUCCUAGCUGGUCCACCCUUCUUUGCAGCUAUCGCAGAGUAUAUGAACGGCACAAAUCAACUGGCUAUCCAGGGUGUGAACUACGAAGCACAAGCAGCUGGUUUCCUUGCCGGUGGAUCAGUCAAAGGGGCUACAAUGAUGGCAAGUUUGAUAAACAGCACCCUUGUCACCUGUCCCAGCACCCCUCUGCUCCUCUCAGGAUACUCCCAAGGCGCACAACUCGUCCACCUCGCAACGUCGAUGCUCCCUUCUGAUACUGCCUCAAAGAUAGCAUCCAUAAUUCUCUUUGGCGACCCGAAGAACGGGACUACAAUUCAAGGCGUGGAGAGCGCGAGGAUAAGGACGUUUUGCCAUGCUGCCGAUAUCAUAUGUAAGGGUGGAGAGGCGGUACUAAAAGAUCAUUUGACGUAUGCGAAGGAUGCGAGGAGCGCGGCGAUGUGGGCGAUGGGGAGUGUGGCGCAGUUGGGGAUCUCGAGUAUGAGGAUGGAUGAGAGCGGGAUUGAGGGAUGA